AUGCCACCAUCGUCGUCUCCUUCCUCGUCCUUUUUAUUAUCGUCCUUGAAAGACUAUUCACAAUGCACAUUGGAAUUGACUUCAGCAAUACGAUCCACGGUCCUGGACCCCUUCGAACCUCCUCGAUCGAAGCAUGCAACAACACAACCUCUCUCGCGCGCUCAACAAAAGACCCUGGCAGUCAAAUUGGCACCAUUAGCAAUGAAGAUUGUCAACCAGAACAUUGGAUCGCUGCAAGAUCUCAAGGUGCCUGGAAAGGUGGAUACCAGUAUAUACAAUACGACAGUCGAGUGCCUUGUGGAUACGACAUGCAUUGCGUUGGCUGCGUUACGCUACAUGGCCGCUUACACCACACUGAAGCCGCUCGAUAUUGAAAAACUCACAUCCAAUCUCGUAUGCAAGCUUGUUGAUCUCAAAGAGUAUACACGUGCAUUGGAUGAGUUAUGUGUUCUCAAGGCAGGACUCAUGAAGGUGACCAAGCUUGGUGUUGAGGAUACCAAACACGACAAGAUGUCCAAAGCCAAAGAGAUGGGAUCACCACGACGACGAGGAUUUCUGACAGAAUCACCGAAUCGAGGCAACGAAGCAGUACAUACACCAGGCGGCGGCUCAUUAUCAGCACCCACAUCACCUCUACGCACAUUCGAGACAUCAAUGCAAUACACCUUGACUCAAAAAGAACAGUUGAUGCUUCAGAAAUAUGGCGAUCUCUUUACGUUUCCUCUUGAUUCAAGUAUCAAUGAUCGAUCCACCAUUCUUCUCAUUCUCGCAUAUCAAAUGAAUGCAUUACGGUGUUGGACAGAUAUAGCCGAUGGUUUCUUUGUAUGGCAUCUACCGCAAUUACUGUCACAAUCAGGGACAUUUAUGGAUUGGUGCAAGCAUCUUAUGGGAUUCGACAAGGAUAUGGCUGCAAGACAAUUCGAUGCCAUGUAUCGACAACUUACUCGAGCUGCUAGUAAGAAUUCUUCCUUGGAGAGCACUUCUUCAAGGACAUUUGCUCUUCAAGCUAUCGCUGUCAAGGCACUGAAACUUGCUGGAACCACAUCUGCUAAAUCGCUAUGUCAUCGCAUGGUCCAACUUGGUCUUACGUUUGAAAAAUCAGAGGAACAAGUGGAUUAUCGUCGUAUUCAGAAUACGUGUGCUGAUUUUAUCAAUGGGAUCGAACCCAAUUGUGAUGACAUUCCUGAAUUGGAUGCCUAUUUUACAUUGAGCGAGUACUAUGCUUAUGCAUCUCGCAAGGCAAGAAGUUACUCUGGCGAAUUUUAUGCAUACAAGUUCAUGAUGCGUCCUAUUCGAAGUUUAUUAUCCACCACCGAUCAGUGCAAGUAUUAUCAUGGCGCAUAUGGUGCUACAGCCAAACUUGCCCUUGCAUCUACACAAUUGGACAAAAUGACCACAUCCCAUUCACAGAUCGAUAUGAAUAUGACAUUGGAAGAAGUCGACUCAUGCUUGCAAUUGGUAUCAGCUGCUUCAGAGCACAACAAGACGUUGGAUGAAUACAGCGAACAAGCCAUGUGUUGCAUGUACAAGGCUUUGGAUAAGUUUCGACAAAGUUGCACACGUUAUUUCAAUCAUAUCGAGGAACGAUCCAAAAAGAUCCAACAAUAUGUGACAUCCCGUAACAGCAAUGCUGCUUCACCCAGCGUACGUCAAUCCUUGACCAACAACUUGACCGAGAUGCGAGAACCAGUGACAGCCCUUUUAUCUUCUCUCUCCAAUUGCAAAGACGUGUUACUUUUGAUUCUUCAAGUAUUGAAAAAGAAGUCAUGGCGAGGGAAAGCAAAGCAAUCACCAGCUCCAGGCGACGUGAUGCGUAAUUACAUUGAUAUCAUGGUUCUACUUGCACGGAUGAGAUUCCAAUUGGACGAUGAGGAUUCCUAUUAUGCAUCGUACGAGGAUUUGGCCACAGCUGAACAAGCAUGUGAAGAAUUUGGAUACCCUGCGGGCUAUCGAUGGGUUUCGGGUGCGUUCUAUAUCUUGGGUGCAGCCAUGGCCAAUGCUAGCAUGUAUGCUUCUGCCAUCUAUCCACUACGUAAGGCGUGCACAUUGUUGGAAAAGUCGUCAAGUUAUGCAGCAAGUGAAACAGGCCGUCUCCAUCUUGCCAAACGAUAUGAAAUUCUCGGCACAUGUUGCAGAAAGGAUAAUCGUUUCGAGGAUGCCAUCAAAGCCUAUCGAUCGUCAUUGAAGAAAUUACCAGACUCCAGUAUCCAAUCCUUUGUGCAGGAAGCGGACAAGUUGGCUAUCCACAGUCUCAUUGAACGCAAUCCACUUAUUCCCAAGCUUAUUGAUCGCUAUUUACGUGCAGCAUUGUUUGAUGGUGUUUCGACCGAGUUGACCUUUGCCAGUGAUAUCAUGAAUCUUUCAACCUUGGUUCCUGAACAACGAUGUAUCAUUUACGAAUGCGAGUUGCGUACACUUUAUACCUGUUCCUUUCAAAUGGAUUGCAGUCACUAUCAAACGGCAUUGAUUGAGAAGCUUAUGAAAUACUAUACGCCAUUUCUCUUUCCUAUUCGAAGGGCCAGGAUAUUAUUGGAUCAAUUACGCAUUGAACUUGCCAAGAAGAAUAAUGGGACAAUCACCAAGACAGCCAUGGCUUUUGCAACAGAAGCAAGCAAGCUCCUGCAACAAAAGGAGAGUUAUGGCAGCGACAGUGAUUUAUUACGCUAUCGUCAAUACUAUCUCGCCUUAUCACAAUCGUGGAUCGGCAUUUGUGCUGAAAAUGAUCAAGAUUUCUCAAGGGCAUUCGCAGUGGCAUUCCGACAAUGGCGUACUUUGUUCAGGAAGGUCAUGCCUGUAUACCAAAAUACUGAAAGCAACAAGCUAUCCUCCAAUGACAUCAAAUCCAUCCGUGCUAAUGUGGAUGAUCUCGACAAGUUGUAUGACCAUUUCCGGAUGCUGGUUGACUUUUUUGCUGUUCAUCGACAACGUGUUUAUCAAAUCAAUACCCUUCGCCUUAUGCUCAAGUUGAAUAAUGGAUUAAGACGCUCCGCUGAUGCUAUAUCAUCAUCCAUCAUCAUCAGCACACGCAUUGGACACCUUUACGACGAGAUGGGGUACCCUGGAAAGGCAGCAUUGGAAUUUGCACAAGCCAAAGCGACUAUCGCCAACAUGGCAUGCUCUAACGAGGCGGAAAUCUACUAUAUUCUCUUUUAUUCAUUACAUCUUGCCAAACGAGGCAAAUUGGAUGAUGCCAAAAAUUUGUUCAACACAUCCCGAAUUGUAUGGGAAUCGAUUCGCCGAACACAAUCCAAAGACAAGCUUGAGCGUGGACGACGUAAAGUAUCUCACAAAUUGAUGUUGGCUGAUGCCCAUAUUGUAGCAUCCACUUUGUGCUCCAUGAUGCAACCCACCCUGGAUACUGCCAUCCAAAACUGUGAAAGUGCCUUACAAGUGUUGAGUACCUGCAGUCGCUCACUCAAGCUGGAGAAGCAAGACAAGGAUGAAAAUACCAUCAUGGAGGAUCCUUUUGCAGAGUCGACUACCAAACAAGAGGAUGAAAUCGCCAACAUGACGACAAGGAUCAUUUGUGAUGAAUCGGAAUGGUCUAUUGCGGAGAAAGUAGCUCUAUGCCUCGAGCAACUCAGUACCUUAUACAUGACACGUGGCUCUGUUCGCUAUACACAAUAUUAUAUGCAAAAGGGUCUCAGCCUUGGUGAAAAGCUCAGCUCGCGUCUUGUCCAAUUCCGUUUCCUCCUUCACACCAGCGAUUUCAAUUUACGAUAUGGCCGUCCAGAAACAAGCAAGUCGUAUAUUAAGAAUGCUGUUGAGGUCCAGCCAGAGGGUCGUUUACAUGUGUAUCAAGACGUCUUGCUCAAGAUGGCUGUUGGUGAUGUGGAUGGCAGUGAAGGUUGUUUGGAGGAAGCACUACAAGCCUAUUCGACUGCUGAAGAGCUAUUGAAAAAGAUCACGGAUCGUGCUUAUAUAUCGAGCAUCGAGGCAUUGAUUGAAAUGGACGAAACGAUCGAUGAGCAUGAUGAAUCCGAACCCAUGAUGCUGGAAAAUACCCUUCGAGAUGAUGAUGCAACACCAUUACACCAUCUUCAAGGAAUUAAUACCAUACGCAGAGCCUUGGUUCUGGUUCAACUUGGUCGCAUGUCAAAGGCUAUGUCUCUCUUGGAUCGGCUUGAGGAAUUGAAUAUUCUUUCCAGUGAUAAGAUCGACUUGAAUUCUGCCAUUGCUCAAUUGAAACUCUUGUUUGUGCGAUAUGAAGCUACUCAGGACCAAAGCUCCAUGUUCAACAGGGAUGUGUCCUUGAUGCCAUCCUUCAAAGCCCAACAGCCACGUGGAUCAGUGAAACGCAGCCAUGUGAGCCAUGACAUGCGAACUUUACGAGAUGGCGUCACUUCAGCUUUGGAUCGUAUGAUGGAUAUUUAUCAAUCAGGUGCCAGAAAGACGCGUAUCAAGCUUGUGCAAGAGAUUUGCUUGGGUAUUGGUUAUCUCAUGUUUAUGAAGAACGACUUUGCUACGCUUGGGAAAAUCAUGGUACACAACUACGCAGCAUUUGGUGCAUACUAUUUGGAAAUGGGCAAAGGCGUGACACUGCGAAGAGAAAUGCGAGCUGAGUUAACAUCCAAGGUGGAUUUCCCUGGCAACACGACUGAUCUUGGAUGGCCUAAACGUAUCAUAUGCGAAGGAGAUGAUUCGAUGCACAAUGCCAACAACGAUGACGAUCCUAUGGAUGUGGACGAUGAUGAUGAAAGUCUCCAGUUUCGAUUACGACCUACGCGUCGCGUUGUAUUACGUGAACAUGGGGCAGAGUACUUUGAGCAACUACGCGACAUGUAUGAUGAGGAACACGUAUUGGACGAUGCCGAGUUUCAGGAAAAGUUUGUGGAUAUUCUUCCCAGUCACUGGACCGUGUGUUCGAUCACCAUGGAUGUGGAUAAUGACGAGCUAUAUCUUGUUCGAUUGCGUCGCAAGGAGGAGCCGAUUGUUGUCAAGUUGUCAUUGACGCGUAUGCGGGAUCGGCUGGCGGACCAACCUGUGCCUGGUUAUCGUGAUGCUGUGGAGACACUCGAGUCCAUCAUUGCUGCAAGUGACCAAACCAUCCAAGACGGCAAGACAUGUACGCGUAAACAAGAUGUGGAUGCAUGGUGGUCAAAGCGUACACAAUUGGACCUGCAACUUAAAAAGUUGUUAAAGACUAUGGAGCAUGGUUGGUUUGGUGCCUUCAAGGGAUUCCUCAGCGGACAAUGCCAAGAACAUCCAAAAGCACUUCAAGAAUUUCAUGGCUCGGUCAAUCAAUUGGUUUACAAUGCAGUCUAUCAAAAGCCGCUUGAUUCGCAACAAGUGACUCGAAAGCAUGUGGAUAUUAACAAGGAGAUUUGCCGCUUGUUUUUGCGAUUGGGCAGUGAUCCUUCCAGUGUCGAGGUUGAAGAUGCUCUUUAUUUCUUCUUGUCUUGCUAUGAAGCACAUGAUAUCGCCGUGGAUCAUACACAAAUGAAUAUCGGCGAGCUAAGCGACCAUUUUCGUGAUCUCCUUCAAACCUAUCACAUGACAGCAGAAGCAGCCGGCAUUCAUCCUAUGGAGAGCGUUCCUAAUGAACACAUCAUCUUGAUACCCGACAAGCAUACGCACCUUUUCCCUUUAGAAAGCAUGGAUGUUCUCCGCUCACAAUCAGUCUCACGUGUACCCUGCCUCUCAUUUGUACGUGAUCGCAUCUUCCAAGCAACGGCAAAACAACCCGAACAAAAUGACUGGAAAGAUAUCACGGUCAAUGGUCAAAGUGUCUAUUACCUCCUCAACCCAGCCGGUGAUCUUUUGCAUACCCAAAGAGAAUUUGAAAGCACCUUUAAAAAAAUGGAGGGUUGGCAUGGUGUUGUAAAUCAAAAACCGCUCGAGCUGAGAUGGGAUCAAAUUCUUCAGAAUCAUGAUAUUUACAUGUACUUUGGACACAGUGCUGGCCAAUCCAUCAUUCGUGGCAGUAAGAUUCGGCAUUUACGCAAAGGACCUGUAGCCAUUCUUAUGGGUUGCAGCAGUGGCAGCCUUAUAUCUCAAGGAGAGUUUGAUCCAGAUGGCUAUAUCAUGAACUUUUUAUUGGGUGGAAGCCCUGCUGUGGUUGCCAAUCUAUGGGAUGUGACCGACAAGAGCAUUGACAAGUUAUCACGCACUAUGAUGGAGAAUUGGGGCUUAUUGCAUAAAAGUUCCACACACAACAGCAUGACGAUCACUGAAGCAGUAGCGAAAUCUAGAAACAGUUGUCGUCUACCCUAUCUCAUUGGCGCUGCCCCCAUUGUAUACGGUAUCCCUGUACAUGUUCACCGAUAA